AUGAGUAAUUUACCAUGUGCAGUGGUAAUGAACCGGGACAUAACUGGCCUAGAUUCUGCUGUCUGUGAUGCAAGAAAUAUUCUAAGAGGCAUUCUCUUACAAGAUCAGCAACGUUAUCAUGAAGCAAUAGAGAGCUACAAGACAGCAAUUUUGUGCCGUCCGAAACUCACAAUGGCUUACCUGAAUCUUGGAAUUGUCUACAGUUUGUUAGGUAGAAAUGAUGAAGCAGAAAAAAGCUAUUUGAACUGUUCAAAUGUAGAUAUUACCGGUUUGCGACACCCUCGACUUCAUGAAAGUACCAAGAUCUCCGCUCUCUAUAACCUUGGCAGAAUGUAUGCAGACCAACAGAAAUAUCAGUUGGCUAUUAAGACCUAUAAUAAAGCUAUUCAAAGAGCACCCAGUUAUUAUGGAUUGCAAAGUAUUUACAAUAUGUUAGGUGAAGCUUACAUGAAAUCUGAUGAUGAGGCCAAAGCAGAAUUCUGGUACCAGGAAGCAUUGCGCGUGAAGCCAGACCAUUUACCAGCUCACAUCACAAUGGCUAAACUGCUGUCCAGAAGAAACCAACCAGAUAAAGCUGAAAAAUGGUACUUAAAAGCAAUGGCUCUUGAUUCCACGUACAAAACUGCUCACCAGCAUUACACCCAGUUUCUGGGUGAAUCUGGCCGGCAUGCAGACCCAGUUCUUAUCUACAAACAGGUGCUUGAAACAAAUAGUGAUGACUUUGAACAUGUCUUUAAUACAGCCAAUGCUAUGAGACAAUCUGGUAACUACACUGAAGCUGAAGAUUUUUACCAAAGGGCUACACAGCUGAAUCCUCAAGUUGCUACAGCUCACAUGAACCUUGGUGCCAUCUUACAAAUUGCUAGUAUUUUCCCUAGUUUUUUUAAACAUGAACAGCACAAUGACCAUACAUAUUUUCACAGAAGAUUACCUCAAAACUUAAUUGGUUGCUCAUAAAAAUCCAUUACAAAACCUCAUUA